AUGGAAAAUAGGACCUCAUCCUCUUCAGUUUCUGGCCCUCAAGAUCAAGCUUCCAAUCAGGACGAACUUUUCAUGCAACAGAGCUUGCUCUUUUCUGAUACAAUUAAGGAUUUGAAGAAUUUGAGGCAACAGUUAGUAGUAGAGAUCUUGAAAGAUUAUGCCAUCAAAGCCUUAAUCAAUAGUAUUGACCACUUGGGUUCUGUAGCAUACACUGUUAACAGCUUUUCCAACGAAAAGAUCAGCCAGGUUUCAACUUUGGAGCUUCGGUUCUCUUGCCUGGAACAGUGCAGAGAAGGGCAUUCUAGAUUACAGUCUCCACAGUUUUCAUCAAGACAAGAAACUUUUACAUUUUCAAGUACUUGGAUAAACGAAAGAUCAGAUAAAAGAGCUGGUUCUCCACUCCGAUUUCCACUCACAUGUUCUGGAUCUCUUCUUCCUAAGAGAGCAAUAUCUUUGAACAAUACUAAUGCCAAUCGACGGUAUCUGUCAGAGCCCCGGAGAUCAAUUCCGUUUUCUACAUAUCUUGAAAGAGACGGAGCAAACGAGGUUGAACAAUAUUCCAACAAGAGCAAACGCCUCUUGAAGGCCUUGCUUAGCAUGCGCAAAUCCAGAAAGGAUCACAGAUUGUACAAAUACUUGGAUGAAACUUUAAACAAACUGGAGGCGUGGCAGCAACCAGAGAGACCUUUACAGUUACACAUAAGCCCGAGUUGAAUGUUGAUCCUACUAUUCAAAUUUUUUCUUUUUUUUUUUUUUUUUUUUAGCCCCAUU